AUGGUUAGCAAGACAGCACCUGGUUCAUUCAAGCAGCAAUCUUGUCCCAGAAAGGGAAAGUUGUAUUGUACUGAAUGUGGAUAUACUUCUCACACAACUGACAAGUGCUUCAGACUUAUUGGUUUUCCUCCUGUUUUUAAAUCUGGCAGAAAUAAGGGAAUUAAUUCUUCAAGCCAAGUUCAUUCAGUAGCAUCUUCUGGUGAGCAAAGCCUUUCUUCAAUGCCUUUUACUCCAGAACAAUAUAACCAAAUACUCAACUUGAUUAAACCUAUCAAUGCUCCACCUAUUGACGCUCCUCUGAUCAAUAAGUUUGAUAACCUCACCCGGACAUUUCAGCCUCAAUGCAACAUGACAGACUUGGAUAUCUCCAAUACAAAAAUACAGUCUUCUACCAAUAUACCUCGCAGAUCUUCCAGAAUUAGGAAUAUUCCUAGCUACCUUGACCAGUAUCAUUGCAACCUCCUUACCUCUUCAUCAGAUCAAUCUCGCUCCAUGUGUUCAGGGAGAUCGAAUAAGAGAAGCGAGGCCAUAUGGUUGAAUUUGCCGGCGAGUGGGACCAAGUGUGUGUCGGAGGAAAUCCAGAAUAACGUUGUCGUUUUGGCCGAUUACGUUGUCAUUUCCGAUGACCAUGUACACCCCACCCCCACUAUUUCCUCUAAGGUUACUUCGCCAUAUGGCAAUAACCUUCAUCACCUCGAAAAUACCACACACGGUCAAUUUGCAUUCACGACUAGUGAGGCUGGCAACUAUCUGGCAUGUUUCUGGGUUGACAGUCAUAAUCCAGGAGGUGGGGGUACAAGUGUUAACAUUGACUGGAAAACUGGAAUUGCAGCAAAGGAUUGGGAAUCAGUUGCAAGGAAGGAGAAAAUCGAGGGUGUUGAACUUGAGCUGAGAAAGCUUGAAGGAGCAGUGGAGGCCAUUCAUGAAAAUCUUUUGUAUCUUAAGAGCAGAGAAGCCGAGAUGCGAAUCGUGAGUGAAGCAACAAAUGCUCGGGUGGCAUGGUUGAGUAUUAUGUCCUUGGGGAUCUGCAUUCUUGUUUCAAUUGCUCAGAUUUCAUACUUGAAGCAGUACUUUCAAAAGAAGAAGCUAAUUUAG